AUGGCCGGAGAAAAGGGAGAUGGCAGCAAGAAACCUGAAGGUGGAGAGACGAUUGAUACCAAUUCACCUUAUUACAUUCAUGCAUCAGACUACCCGAAACAAAUGCAGGUUAAUGAUGUACUGAAUGAUAAUAACUACAAUGAAUGGAAGCAGAAGAUGAGGAAUUUUCUGCUUGCAAAAAACAAGAUGGGGCUGGUAGACGGUUCGAUUGAGAAACCAGAGGUAUCAUCGCCGAUGCAUACGGCAUGGAUACGUGCAGAUGCAAUGAUCAAAGGCUGGUUGACCACCGCCAUGGAAAAGGACAUAAGAACGAGUGUCAGGUAUGCAAACACUUCCUCAGAGAUUUGGCAAGACCUUGAAGAACGGUUCGAGAAAGAAGGGGCGCCUCGAGCAUAUGAAUUGAAACAAUUGCUCAACGUGACGAGGCAAGAUGGGAAUUCAGUCUCCAAUUACUACACCAAACUUAAGUCCAUUUGGGACGAAUUGCAGAUGGUCUUACCGUCACCACGAUGCACCUGCGAAGGUUGCGAUUGUGGGAUUGAAAAAAAGCUGAACGAACUAAGGGAAAAAGAAAGGACUUACGAGUUUCUAAUGGGUCUAGAUGAUGAAUUCUCAGUCAUUAGAACUCAGGUUCUUGCGAUGAAACCUACCCCUCCGAUUGGUACUGUUUAUCAUCUUCUAGCGGAAGACGAACAACAAAGGGCGCUAUCCGGAGGAACGAAGAGAUCAAGCACUGAAUCGUCGGCAUUCCAGGAAAACUUUAAUCAACAGCGUGGUCAACAACAACCCACAAACAAGACGACGGUGCAAACAACAGGCAAAUCGACACAGAAAUUUGCCAAGUCAGAAAGCGAUAAAAAGGUCAGGUGCUCUUUCUGUCAGCAUGAAGGGCACAACAAGAAAGGAUGUUUCAAGAUAAUUGGGUAUCCCGAUUGGUGGCCUGGAAAUAAGGAGAAGCCCAAAGUUGCCUAUGUCAAGUUGGGCUCGAGCCCGAUUCCUGGACUCACUGAUAAACAGUACCAUUUGUUUGUCGAGCACUUCAAGGAAGGGUUAGACAUGACAAACAAUAACAAACAACCUAUGGAAAACAUGGCAGGUAGAAACGAUAUUUUUUAUGGGUGGAUUGUUGACUCGGGAGCCACCAAGCACAUGACACACAUACUUGAUUUCUUGUUCAACAAAACACAAAACUCCAAAAAUUCACCUGUUGUCAUCCCUAAUGGAGACAAAGUGUCAGUCAUGGGGGAGGAUGAACAUACCUUGCCUGGAGGAGUCAAUAUUAAAGGAGUUUUGUUUGAGUUGGGGACGAAGCACUUGAUUGGAGCGGGUAAUCGGAGUGGAGGGUUGUAUCGGAUGGGGGUAACAAAGGUGAAGACAAGCAAGGCACUUAUGUCAAAUUUUGAAGUCUGGCACAGGAGACUUGGCCAUCCAUCAUCCAAGAAAAUUUCAAGUUUGAAUUUUAUUGACGUUACAAAAGAAAAAUAG